UCUAACGAUUCUAACCUGGUUUCAAAGUGUGUACUGUGCCUUUCUUCUUCUCGCAGAACCUUCGCCUAUCUCACAGCUCACUCCCUCUAGAAGAUGAAAUACCCAUAAAUACCCAGAAAUUAAAUAAAAAACAAAAUCUCCGAAAUACCCACCAAAUUUAUCAAUAAUUUCCAUACUCAUCAGUGAUUUUGAGGUGCUAUAAUGAUAAUAAAAGGACUGUUCAGGAGGUAUGAAAGAUGGAACCCAGUACACCCAACAUCUGGAGCAUUUUGGGGAUUGGGAGUAGGAAUUGGUUGUGGUAUUGGAUGGGGUCCUGGUUUUGGGCCUGAGGUGGUUGGUUAUGUUGGAGCUGGAUGUGGUGUUGGUUUUAGUGUUGGUUUCACUCUGCUUGGUGCUGGAAUUGGUCUUCCUGCAAAUUGGCUCCUUCAAGUUCCUUAUAAUGCUGCGAUGGCAACAAGAAGUGGUGCAUUGGGGUUUGGUCAAUCUAGUGGUCUUCCUUUCUCCAAAAACAUUGCAGGGGAGGGUUGGAACAACAUUGCACCUUGCUUCACAAACCUGCAGAGAGAAGCCAGUGGAAGGUUCUCUAGCUUUAAGCAACAACAUCUUUUGGACAAAGGGGUUGAUUUAUCUGAAAUGAAGAGCCGGCUAAGUGUCAAUGCUAGUUCUAUGUGUGAAAGUUUAGAAGCAUUUCGGGGACGCUUCUUCCACUCUCCCAAAGGUACAAAAAGUUGACACCAUAGACUAUCUGGUGCAUAUAUUAUAAGGAUUACAGAAGACCUUUGUUUAUUAGUUCUGCAAAUUCCUGAUACAGAUAAUGUGCCUCCAAUAGUUUCCAACAUCAUUUAUCUUGUACCAGCUUCAGAUGCAUCAUAGGUUUCGCCGUCCUCAUUUUCAGUUUUAAUGUUAUAUUUAUGAAACCUAAUAAGAUUCACGUUUUUUAUGGACUUUAUC